GCUUGUACUUUUCAAAAUCUCCACAGACGGCAAACAUAGAACACCCAACAUAAAAUACAAUUUAUUUUGAAUACGCAGAAAAAUAUACAAAAUUCUCAUAACAUAAGAUGUCGACCACUUCUUUAGAAUUAGAACACCCAAAAUAUGUUGAACUGCAGACCAACGACGGCGUAAUCUUUACAGUGGACACUCGUUUGGCUCUACAGAUGGGACCCAUUCGCAAGUUAAUAAUUCUUGAGAUAGAGAAUAAUAUUACCACGACCGAAGUUUUUCCUCUGGCUAGAGUUGAUGCCAGGAACUUGCGAUUUAUAAUCAAGUGGUCAGCAUCGGUUGCAGAUCUGAAAGAUAAUGAAAUGGAUGGACAAUCGAUUCUCAAGAAACUCCUUGAUGAAGAUGAUGCCGACUACGAGUUCCUAUUGCAACUCAUCCUGGCCGCAAACUAUCUGCAAAUGGAGAACUUACUGCAGGCCACAACCCAACUUUUGGCCAAUGCCAUUGAGGCGUGCGAAAGUGUCGAGGAGAUUUGUGACUAUUUCAACGUAAAAGCCGAUUAAAAAUGAUUUGUUUCAUCAGUUCCGAGAGAUCGUAAUUCUUCCGAUCCUUCAAAAUUAUUAUAGUGUGAAAAAUCGUAAUAACUAUGCUCUCGAGAUUCUUAUUUGACCGUAGAAGACCAUUUUUCACCAGUUGAGAAACCACAUUCAUAAAAAUUGUAUUUUGUAUUAAUUUCGUUUUUUAUAAAAUCUUUAACAUUUCUGAGAUGAACAAUUUUGCUGCUGUAAUAAAGAAAAAUGU